AUGAGUAUACCAAUCCUAACAAGUAGAUGUCGCUAUGUUGGUGGAAAAGUUACUCAAGUGUGUGAUGCCUUGGACAUUGAUAAGAUCUCAUAUCCAGAGAUUAUAUCUUAUGUUAAAGAAGACCUGCAAUAUGAAUUGGAGGCAAUUGAUGGGUUAUAUUAUCACAAACAAGGAAAUUUUGUACUAGUAAAAGAUGAUCAUGCCAUUUUGAGCAUUGUCAGUGAGUUAUACAAGAAGACAAAGUUAGAAUUUUAUGUCAAACAUAAGAAUCUAGCUAAAGAAGUCACUCUUUCUAAGCAAACAGAAGUAAUUGAUAGAGGAGUCAAUCAAGGUGUUGAUUUGUCAGAUGAUAAUGGCUCGGAAGAUGAACUUCUACAACAAACUUUUGAUAAUCUCAACAAGGAUAUAGUAUUCUUGACUGAUGAUGAUGAUGAAGAAGUACAAAUGUCAAGGAAAAAUAUAAGAUCUUUCAAGGAGAAGAACACAUUUAAUAGUGAAGAUAAUACUCGGUCUGAUGAUGAGUUGGAUGCAUAUGUAGAUGACAUUAUAUGUGAUUCCCAAGAAGAUGAUGCUCAAGAAGAGGAGGAUGAUGAAUUAGAAGAGGGUAACGAUUCUGACGGGAGUUUUUAUUAUGACAAUGAUGAUUGUUGUAGCUAUUAUAGUGAGUCAGAUGAAGAGUGUGGAGACCAUGCACUUAGAAAAACAAGUGAAAUGGUACGCUUUGAUCCAAUGGCAACCAUACCAGUAUUUUGUUGUGGCAUGAUAUUCCAAAAUGUUCAAGAGUGUCGAGAUGCACUUGCAAAGUAUGCUAUAAUGAAGGGUUUACAAAUUCAUUAUAUUAAAAACGAUCAAGUCAGAGUUAGGGCUGAAUGCAUGGAAAAAUGCCAUUGGAAAUUUUUGGCAUAUAAAAACAGUCACAAUAAUGACUUUGUAGUGAAAACUUAUGUGCCUAACCAUAAGUGUUACAGGAAAAACACCAAUCCCAUGGCUACUAGAAAGUCUUUGUCCAAAAUCUUGAAGGAUAGAUUAUUGGCUACACCUUUUAUUAAGUAUAGAGACUUAAAGAAUCUAUGCAAAACUGAGUUGAAGCUUAAAAUUAGCUUGACUCAAGCUCGGAAUAUCAGAAAAAAGGUGAUUGCUGAUUUAUUAGGAUCUUAUACCGAGGAAUAUAAGAGAUUGCAUGAUUAUGUUCAAGAAAUAAAUUCUAGUAAGCCUGGUACAACUUGUGUGGUCAAGGCUUCAAAAGUUGAAGGUGGAGAUAUCAACCAUUUUAGAUGUUUUUAUGUAUGUUUUGCUGCAUGCAAGAAAGGUUGGACAGAAGGAUGUAGGAAUAUAAUAGGUUUAGAUGGUUGUUUUUUGAAGGGUGUAUGUAAAGGACAACUUUUAUGUGCUGUUGGACGAGAUGGAAACAAUCAAAUGUUUCCAAUUGCUUGGGCAGUCGUAUCUGUUGAAAAUAAAGAGAAUUGGGGUUGGUUCUUGAAUUUAUUGAAGUAUGAUUUGACUAUUGGAGAUGGAGCAGAACUAACCAUCAUAUCUGACAUGCAAAAAGGCUUGGAUAGUGCAAUUAAUGAGCACUUGCCAGAAGUUGAACAUAGAAUGUGUGCUAGACACGUCUACGCAGCUUGGGCAAAAAAAUGGAAAGGUGAAGAGAGAAAGAUAGCAUUUUGGAAGUGUGCUAGGAGUACUUUUGAAAAUGAUUUAAAGUCACAGUUAAGAGAAAUGAAUCUAUUGGGAAAUGGGAUUUUGGAAGAUUUUAUGCAAUACAAUGUUGAAUCCUGUUCAAAAGCAUACUUUAGGACAACUCCAAAGUGUGAUUAUGUGGAUAAUAAUAUGGCUGAAACAUUCAAUGGUUGGAUACUAGAUGCAAGGUGUAAGCCAAUUAUUUCUAUGUUGGAAGAUAUAAGAGUUCAGGUAAUGAGAAGAUUAUAUGCUAAAAGGAAGUUUUGUACAACUUGGAUAUGUGUUGUUGGACCAAGACCUAUGCAAAAAUUAGAAAGAAACAAAGAGCUCUCAUUUAAGUGGCAAAUGGUUUGGAAUGGGGAUGAAGGAUAUGAGGUUUCUAAUGUAUAUGACCAAGAUAACAGACAUAUCGUUAAUUUGAAGUCGUCAAGUUGUACAUGUAGAGAGUGGGAACUUACCGGUAUCCCAUGCCAACAUGCAGUUUGUGUCCUGCACAGUGAAGGGUUGGAGCCAGAAAAUUUCGUUGCUCAUUGGUAUAUAGAAUCUACAUAUUUGAAGGCCUAUCAGUUCAUGAUACAACCCGUGAGAGGAAAGAUCUUGUGGGCCGAAACUGGUAAAGAAGAAAUUGCACCACCGGCUCACAGGAAGUUACCAGGGAGGCCUAAAGUUAGAAGAAAGAAAGAUAAAAAUGAGAUUCAGAAGGCAGGCAAACUAUCCAGAAAAGGAAGAAUCAUAACUUGCAAAAUAUGUAAGCAGCCUGGACAUAAUAUAAGAAGAUGUCCUCAAAAGAUGAAUAUGCCCGGAGAAGAUAAUGUUAGAAGUCUAGAGCAAUAUGCAACAAAUAAUCACUCUCUCAAAGCAGAAAUGAAAUGA